CUCUCCAUGGUUCAGUCAGUUUUCACGCGUCGUGACGCUGAUGCGGAGUUAUAAUUAAGUAUAAUCUAAAGAAACUAAUCCUGUCGCCAGUCCCAACAAUCCCAUACGUUUUGGUAUUAUUAUCAGGUAGCCUCCUGAAGGAUGGCGAAAACGGCCAAAACCGACGCGUGUGUAGACGUCCGCUCGCCAAAUUCCAGAGAAAGGAUGAAUGAAUCAUCAAAUGCUUUAGUAAUUUAUGUGUCACAUAAAGCAUGGCUAAAGUCUGUGUUGGAAGGAAAUCACGGUAAAGUAGAUACUGAAAUUAUAGACUGCAGCAAUAAUAAUGACGAAGAAGAAGAUUUUUCUAAUUAUAAAUUCGAAGAUGAUAUUCUUUACCUAAGAUCUCUUAAUCCAAAAGAGUGGAAAGAGCAGGAUCACUAUGCCGUUUUGGGUAUCAAAGAUCUUCGACACAGAGCAACCGAGGAUGUCAUUAAGAGAGCAUAUAAACACAAAAUUCUCAAACAUCAUCCGGACAAAAGAAAAGCAAUGGGAGAGGAAAUUAGAGCAGAUGAUGAUUAUUUCACGUGUAUAACAAAAGCGUGGGAAACUCUGGGAAAUCCAGUCAAAAGAAGAAGCUAUGACAGUGUAGAUCCAUAUUUCAAUGAUAGUUUGCCAGAGGAGAGAGAAGCUAAAGAGCAUUUUUAUGAGGUCAUCGGCCAGGCCUUCAAGGACAAUGCUCGUUGGUCCAUCAAACAGCCAGUUCCUAAACUUGGUAACGAGAACACUCCUAGAGAGCAAGUAGAAAAGUUUUAUCUAUUUUGGUAUGGAUUUGAAUCCUGGAGAGAAUAUUCAUAUCAAGAUGAGGAAGAUAAAGAAAGCGGACAAGACCGUGACACAAGAAAGUGGAUCGAGAAAAAGAAUAAACAAGUCCGAGCAAAGAAAAAAAAAGAGGAAGUAGUGAGAAUACGCUCACUAGUAGAUAUGGCUUAUAGUAUAGAUCCUCGAAUCAGGAGGUUUCAACAAGAAGACAAGGAUAAAAAACAGGCGGUGAAGCGUGCCAAGCAGGAAGCGGCGAGAGCUCGUCAGCAAGAAGAGGAGCGAUUGGCUAGGGAAGCAGCUGAGAAGGAGCGUUUAGAAAAGGAAAAGCGCGAAGCGGAAGGACGGGCCAAGGCAGAAGCGCUUAAACAAGAACGGGAGGUGCAGAAGAAGGCGCUACGUAGGGAGCGCAAAAAUUUCAGAGACCUUUGUAAAGAAAACAAUUACUUUGCCGAAACGACUGAACAGAGCAUCCGACACAUGGAGAGUAUGGAGAAGAUCUGCGAAUUGUUCAAGUUGGUGCAGCUAGAAGAAUCCGUGAAGAGCGUGCGCAGCGAGGGCAAAACUGCCUUCGUGAGGAUCAUGAACGAACUUGAUUUAAAAAUCGAGGCUGAGCGUAGAGCUGCUCUAGGUCACAGCGAUGUGAAAAAUCCUUUAGAGAAACAGGUGAAAGCGCAUACUGCUCCGUGGUCGGAGAGCGAUUUGCAGCUUUUGAUAAAGGCGGUAAAUCUCUUUCCUGCGGGUACAAAUCAACGCUGGGAAGUCGUAGCAAAUUUUAUCAACCAGCACACAAAUUCGACAAAUAGCGUAAAACGCGAUGCGAAAGAGGUUCUAGCCAAGGCGAAGGACUUACAAUCUACAGAUUUUAGUAAAUCGAGUCUUAAGGAGCAGGCGAAUAAGAAAGCCUUUGACAACUUCAUUGCUGAGAAAAAGCACAAAGAUCUAGACGAUAGAAUGCCGGCGGUCACAGAAAGACUUGACAAUCCUAUUGCCAAUGGUAAAAAUACGCAGGCAAAAGCUACAGUAACCGAAAAGCAGAACGACACUGGAGCCAAAGAUAAGAAGGAGUCAUCAGUAGCUACACCUUGGACACCAGCCGAGCAAAAGUUACUUGAACAGGCACUCAAGACUUAUCCUGCCAGUGUUCCAGAUCGAUGGGACCAAAUUUCAGCAUGCCUACCUUCUAGAACAAAAAAGGAAUGUAUGAAACGAUAUAAAGAACUAGUUGAAUUAGUUAAGGCCAAGAAAGCUGCCCAAGUACUAAAAUAAUAUUGGCUUUUGCUCAGUUGAAAUCGAUUGAUUAACUUUCAUGAGUGUUUCUGCUUCGUUGUAUCUUGCUACAGCCAAAAGCCGAUGUUCAUUCAAGAGCCAAUAAGUCUAAUAACAGCAGCAGUUUGGUGUCUUUCUAAACUUCCAGAUGGCACCCUCCAUUCAAACUAAAUAUCGUAUUUUUAUCUCAUAGGACAAUUUCAUAUAACUAUAAGUUCGUUACUAACAAAAGUGAGAUACUUUUAAGAGAAUGGAUAAAUAAUUUUUUAAAAUGUGGACGGUCCGAGUUGAAUUUUUGUGAUUUCCUAUUAAAUCAACUUGUAAUUAAUGUAAUAUAUGCAGCCUAAAUGAAUUGAGUAUAGCUCAGAAUAAUGAAAUCAAUUUAUUGAA